UAUUCAGUGUAUGACUGCAAUCUAUUACUUUUUCCAAUCAGCUGUAAUUACAGAUGUGAAAGUGCACGUUCAUUUGAAAACUCUGACCAAAUUCUUAUUCUGCUGCAUUUAUUCGGAAUUUUAAUUAGAAAUAGUAAAUUAAAAUUCAAAAAUGCAGCUACUUUUGCGUUCAGGUUUGUUACAGCAUUUUAAACACUUUUAUAGCAAGCGAUUUUUAACGCAAAGCGCAACCGGCAUUCAGGUAUCGGAGCUCACAAAUGAUGUAAAACAUGAAAUAGAAUCACAUUGGCGUACACAAGUGUCACAGGGGCAAUUUGAUCCAACACGAAAUGAUAAGUUCUAUGUGCUUUCGAUGUUUCCAUACCCGUCGGGUACGCUGCAUAUGGGUCAUGUAAGAGUUUAUGCAAUAAGCGAUACGGUAGCACGCUUUCAUCGUAUGUGUGGUCGAAAUGUAUUUCAACCCAUUGGCUGGGAUGCCUUUGGUUUGCCUGCCGAGAACGCAGCGAUACAGAGAGGUGUAGAGCCAGCCGAAUGGACCGAUGCGAAUAUUGAGCAAAUGAAGAAACAACUGCAAGCCUUAAGUUGCUCGUUUGAUUGGAAACAUGAAAUGUCAACUUGUUCACCAGAGUACUACAAAUGGACGCAGAAACUAUUCUUGAUGCUCUACAACAAAGGAUUGGCAUAUCAAAAUGAGGCUUUAGUGAAUUGGGAUCCCGUAGAUAAUACUGUUUUGGCUGAUGAGCAAGUAGACGCAAAUGGUUGCUCUUGGCGUUCAGGUGCAAAAGUACAGAAGAAAUUACUAAAUCAGUGGUUUAUACGCACUACAGCGUACGCCAAAGCCUUACUGGACGGUUUGGAAGAUCCAAUACUUCAAGAUUGGCGUGAUAUUAUUAAUUUGCAACGCCACUGGAUUGGCGAUUGUGAUGGUUAUGCAUUUCAACUACUUACUUCCGCAACAAAUUACUUACGCAUUUGGACUAGGAAUCCGGAACAUUUGAAAGAUCCAAAUUCAUUCAUAGUCUUAAAACAAAAUCAUUACUUAUCCAAAUUAAGCAACGCCUCGCGUCUAACAGUCGAAAAUCCAUUCGCUGGCACUAUCAUACCCGUCAUUUUUAGCGAUUUGGCUGAUUUUCCUGAGAAGUGUGAUGUAUAUUUAGCUGCGCCCAGUUUUCGCGAACAGGACAAGGAACUGCAGGAAACCUUUGGACUUGCAUUUUUUGCGCACACAAAGACUUCCACAACAAUAAAUGCUAAAUCAGCGCGCGAAGAAGUCUUAGAAGCGGCAACACGUUUGAAAAUUGGUGGCUAUCGCGUUUCUUCCAAGUUGCAAGAUUGGCUGAUAUCACGUCAGCGUUACUGGGGCACACCCAUACCAAUAAUACACUGUAAUAAAUGUGGCGCCGUACCUGUGCCUGAGCAGCAACUGCCAGUGGUGCUGCCAGACAAAAAUAUUCUGGAGACAAAACGCGAAGAAUCUUUACGCUGCACUUGUCCCAAUUGUGGCGAUACAGAAGCGAAACGUGAAACUGAUACUAUGGAUACAUUUGUCGACAGUUCCUGGUACUAUCUGCGUUUCUUAGAUCCAAGCUACACUGGUGAUAUGGUAAAUAAGGAACUGGUAAAUAAAUGUAUGCCUGUUGAUUUAUAUAUUGGUGGCAAAGAGCAUGCAGUGCUGCAUUUAUACUAUGCGCGUUUUGUAAAUCACUUCCUGCAUAGUUGUGGCCUAUCUCCCACACCCGAACCUUUUUCGCGUUUACUGGUGCAAGGUAUGGUUAUGGGUAGAUCAUUUCGGGUUAAGGGUUCAGGGCGCUACGUAAAAGAAGACGAGGUUGAGAUUGUGAAUGCCAAAAAGAAUCAAGCGCUUCUCAAGGAAACCAAAGAGCCUGUCGUUAUGACGUGGGAGAAAAUGUCGAAGUCCAAGUUCAAUGGUGUUGAUCCCACAGAUAUGUUUAAGGAAUAUGGUACUGAUACUACACGCUUGAUAUCGCUGGCUGAUGUGGCGCCAACAUCGCAUCGGAACUGGUCUAGCGCAACCUUCCCUGGCAUACUUAAUUGGCAAAAGCGUCUUUGGUUAACUUUGAACGAUUUUUAUGCGGCGCGUACUGCUGUGGGCGAUGCUGCUUUGGAAAAUGUGGACACCAAAAGUGAAGCGUUUCAAGUUGAAGAUAAUAAACUCUUUGACGCGCGUAACUUUUACGUGAAAGGUGCCACAUUUAACUACCGCCAUACACAUCAAUUGAGCGUGGCUAUCUCAAAGAUGCAGGGUCUAACCAAUUCGCUGCGGCGCACACCCAAACAUAUUGUGCGUUUUAGUCCACAAUAUGAACGCGCAUUAUCCAGUCAAAUCAUAAUGCUCGCACCAAUGGCGCCACACUUCGCUUCGGAAUUGUGGUCGAAAUUCGUAGCGAUACCAAAUCGUUUGAACGCGUCUACGCCGGAACUGCAAUGGGAGCGUGAUGUUUUGGAGCAGCGUUGGCCAGAUAUUGACGCCGAUUAUAAGCUGGACUUAACCAUUAAAGUGAAUGGCUUUGAAAAUUGCUCUAUUAAAGUGGCGCGCAGCAAUUUGGACCGUAUAACACAUAACGAUGCAAUGGAUAUUGCAUUCAACACCGCAUCUGUUACUUCCUAUCUAACCGAUAAGAAGAUACGUACGACAAAUUUCGUACUCUAUCCGGGUAUUGAGGCUAUAUUGAAUAUUUAUGUUGACAAAAUUAAGCAAUCUACUGCGCAAGCAACUAAUUCCGAUGAGGAGGUUGUUAACAAGUAAUUUGUAUGUAAUAAUAUGGUUUAUGUGUAGUUAAUUUAGUUGUAAAUAGCUUUAUUUUGUAAGUGGUAAUAUUUAUCUAAGUUGUUCUAAUUGUAAUGGAGCGAGUUAUAUUUAUUAAAUGGUUGCUGACAAUUUUAAUGCAAUAAUAAAAAUCUUAUCAAAAU